UUGUUAACGGUGCAAUUAUUUAACAACAAAGUAAACAACAAUUAACUAUGUUAGCUUAAAGUGUGAGUGUGAAGUGAGAGACAAGACAAGUGCAAAUAUUUUUUAAAGCAUUUGCAUGCGACAUUUCAAAGUCAAGGCCAUGGUGCAAUCUUUGGAUAUAGCAGCCAUAGCGGGACCACAACAACAACAGCAACAAGAUGCGGAGCCCAGCAAACGUAGCAAGCCCUCGGCGUUGAGUCGCACGCUGCAGGCGCUACGGCAACGUCUGACGAAACGCAGUCGCGCCAAGCCGCCGGAUUGGUUUCUCGAAAAGUUCUCCAAUACCACAAACACGGAUAAGCUGGGCAAGUCCGGCGCCGAUGCCGCCUUGUCCAGCGAAAUACGCGGCAGUAGCGCACUCUGCAAUCGCCUGUCCGUGGAUCCAACGCUGCAGUCACACUACAGAUGGCUGGCGGUGGUGUCGCUGGCGGUGCUUUACAACAUUAUCUUUGUGAUGGGUCGCUCCGUUUUCUGGGAGAUAAACAAGAGUGCGCCUGGCUUCUGGUAUACGUUGGAUUAUCUUUGUGACUUUAUUUACCUGCUCGAUACGCUAGUUCAUAUGCAUGAGGGCUUCCUGGACCAAGGUCUGCUGGUGCGCGAUGCGUUUCGACUGCGGCAUCAUUACUUUCACACCAAGGGCUGGUAUCUGGACGUGCUGUCCAUGCUGCCCACAGAUUUGGCGUAUAUCUGGUGGCCGCCCGAAACCUGCUCCAGCCUGUAUCUGCCCUGUCCGGUGAUAGUGCGUCUGAAUCGCCUGUUGCGUCUGCCUCGGCUCAUGGAAUGGUUUGAUCGCACGGAGACAGCUACGGGCUAUCCCAAUGCCUUUCGCAUCUGCAAAGUGGUGCUGGCCAUACUGGUGCUCAUACACUGGAACGCCUGCAUGUACUUUGCCAUCAGCUACGAGAUUGGCUUCAGCUCCGACUCCUGGGUGUACAAUCUGAACGGAACACGCAACAAUACGCUGCAGCGUCAAUAUAUCUAUAGCUUCUAUUGGUCCACGCUGACGCUGACGACGAUUGGCGAGACGCCGACGCCGGAGAAUGAUGCGGAGUAUUUGUUUGUGGUGGCCGAUUUUCUCGCCGGCGUGCUCAUCUUUGCCACCAUUGUGGGCAACAUUGGCUCGAUGAUUUCCAACAUGAAUGUGGCGCGCGUGGAGUUCCAGAAUCGCAUGGACGGCGUCAAGCAGUACAUGGCCUUCCGGCGCGUUGGCCAUGAGCUGGAGGCGCGUGUCAUACGCUGGUUCGCCUAUACCUGGUCCCAGAGUGGCGCGCUGGAUGAGGAGCGCGUGCUGGCAGCGCUGCCGGAUAAGCUGAAAGCGGAAAUUGCCAUACAGGUGCAUAUGGACACUUUGAAGCAGGUGCGCAUCUUUCAUGAUACGGAGCCGGGCUUGCUGGAGGCGCUGGUGCUGAAGCUCAAGCUGCAGGUCUUCAGUCCGGGCGAUUACAUUUGCCGCAAGGGCGAUGUGGGCAAGGAGAUGUACAUUGUCAAGCGUGGCAAGCUCUCCGUGGUGGGCGACGAUGGCAUCACGGUGCUGGCCACGCUGGGCGCUGGCUCCGUCUUUGGUGAAGUGUCUGUGCUGGAGAUUGCCGGCAAUCGCACAGGAAAUCGCCGCACGGCCAACGUGCGCUCGCUGGGCUACUCGGAUCUCUUUUGCCUGGCCAAGCGUGAUCUUUGGGAAACACUCGCUGAUUAUCCGGAGGCACGCUCGACGCUCACGCAACGUGGCUGCCAGCUGCUGCGCAAGGACGGACUGCUCGAUGAACAAAUCUUUGCGGACUCUCAGCGCGUGCACGACAGCAUUGAGGGCGGCAUUGAGAAGCUUGAACUGUCCGUGGAGAAUCUGAAUAUGCGUCUGGCACGCCUGCUGGCCGAGUAUACGGCUAGCCAAGCCAAAAUCAAGCAGCGUCUCGCCAAGCUGGAGCUCAACGGCACCGGAACUAGUCGUGGCGAUGAGCUGCAGACACGUCCACGCAGCGGUCGCCUCUACUCGCUGCAGACUAAGCGGCGCCCACGUGCGCGACUCGAGGCGGCUGCCAAAAGCGGUGAAGCGGCCAAGCAGAAUACGCUCUAGAGCAGCGGGAGACGGCGGCAUGGAAGUUGAAGCAGCAGCUGGUGAUAAAUGCAUAAAAGCUAGAGGGAGUUAGGACCAGGACUAAGAGCAGUAGGAACAGGGACGGGGGGAUUAAAGCGCCAGCGAGACGCGCUUGUAAAUCAAUUUUUUAGUUUUGACAAUUAGUUUUAGAGAGCUGAGAGCACGAUAGCGAGUGCAACGUACUUUAUUUAAUGCAUUUUUGUAAUUUAAUUUUUCAAACUGAAUGUGCCUCAAAGUGUGUAAAAGUAGAUUAGCUAAGAGCAGCAAACAAAAACAAAAACAACAACAAUAGAAAGUUUAAUCUGAGGUAAACAAGCGAGCGUGCCUGCAGCAGAGUGUAAACAUUAUAGUCGCUGUUUUUUAGCAGCGACUGUAGCAAUUAUAAAUAAAAAAGAAAUGCUGCGCUCAAAAGUAUGCUACGUACAAAUUUCAAUUUAAUAAGCAGCACCAAAGCAUAAAAGAAAGUCAAAAGCACGCUCGUUAGUUGCUUUGUUCACAAAUUAAUAAAGCACAUAAAACAACGAUUAACGAUAUAGCGAUAUAUGUGUGUUUUUACUAUAAGCUGCGCUGGCAUUUUGAAUGCAAAUAGUCCAAUUUUACAAGCUAUAGAUGUUUUUAUUUUUCUAUAAACAAAUCGACCAUAAAAAGCACACACAAGGCAAGCAAGCCUGCUGUGUUUAUAUAUACAAGAAACAACAAAAAUGCAUAAAUAUAUAUAUCUAUAACUGUAUGUAGCUUUAGAUUUUGCUGACACAAAGUCACUGUUUGUAAAACAAAAACGCAUUUGUUACACUCGAGUGCAGCUUUUGUUAUUUUUUACUUUUAACUACA